UUCGUUAUGGUAUUAUAACCUUAUGGAAUUCAUUAAAGAUCAGGAAAUGCCAAGGAGUUCUGUUUGUAAUGUUUCCGAUGAUGGCACUAAUUCUCGACAUAAUGAUGACAACAAUAACGCCAACAAUCAGAAUAAAGAACAAAAUUUACAAACUGACAGGGAGGACGAAGCACACAGUACAGACGAUGGUUUUAGGUUUACACCAUCUGUCAUGACUUCAACUGCAUCGAGAACCCCAAGAGAGAGAGUAGCAAGAAGAGUGGAAAAAGCGGAUGAAGUGCUGGACAUAGUAGCGAAGAAGUUAAGUGAAUCACCGGCGAAAUCUCAAUAUUUUGACAACUUUGGAAAGCACGUCGCCGAACAGCUAAGAAGAUUGCCGAAGGAACAGGCAAUCUAUCUUACAAAAAUCAUCAAUGACGGCAUUUUUGAGGCACAGUGUGGAGCUCUGUCGAAAAGGCCUCACAUUGUAAUUCCCCCUGAAGUACCGAUUAUCGAGCAGCAUUAUGUACAGGAAUAUCCCAGACAAGUAGAUACUUCUGUUACGGAUAAUCAUGAGUGCCAAGCAGAACCUGACGGUGUAGCACAUUAUCUAAAUUUUAACCCAUAAGACAUGAUCUGUACAUUUUUACAUUAAAAUAAAAAAUAAAAACUAA